AUGACAUUCAGCAGUGUGCCCUUGUUCAAUUUCCUGCUGUGCCCAUGCAUGCAGGUCAUGUGCUCAAGUAGGAUCCAGUUGGUAGUGCAGGCCCCAGUAGCUCAUGGAUGGAAGGGACAUGUAAGGGAGCACCCAGUUGGGCAGCCAUGGAUGUCUGGAGGGCUUGGUGGAGCUCUUCAAAUCCAUUCCCCUCAUUAUCAAGCUUGUGGCAGAAGGGACCCUCACAUGGGAGAGGAGAUGAGGGUGCCAGCUGUGUCCAAGGAUGAUGGCAGCAUAUUUGGUGGCACACUUGGAAUUGUUGGUGACUUGCUGGAGGAGGGUAUGGUGGCAAGAAUAUUAGGGUAUCACAGCAGCUUGGGGAAGAACUUGAAGAAAUUACACUGUGGGUGCUGGUGGAGGGAUGUUAAUAUGAUUGUGAGUGAGACAGCAAGACCACAGAUGGCACCUGGAAUAUUUGGCAGCUGUAAAGCUGCAGCCAACAACAUAUUGUCUAUGGGCACAGUGGGCAAUGUGAAAGGUAGUGGGACAAACAGUUAA